AGGUUCGGAUGUGUCAUGUUUAGAGAGCGCGCGCGGCAAAAAAUCAAAAUAUUUUAUUAAAUUGAAAUUGAUCGUAAUAAGUAGCUGCUAGCUGAAGAAAAAAAAAUGGACCAAAAUGCUAGUGAAGACAGCUAUAAUUCUCUAAAAGAGAUGAUACUUGAUGAGUCUAAAUUAGUUACAUAUGCCUCUCUCAGUAAAGAUUUGUGUAUACAUGUGAAUGACAGCAAGCGUUUACUGGGCCAGUUUAUUGAAGAUCUAAAGAAAUCUCAACCUGAUAUCACUUUGAAUGUUUAUUAUGUUGUAUCUGGUUUAACAGAAGGUAAUAAUGCACUUACUACAGUCUGCUCACAGGAAGACAUUGCGUCUGUUAGACAGAAGUUGAGAGCAGUAUUCUUUGAACAUAUUUAUAGUGUUAGAAAAGGCUCUUCGUCGGUAGAUAAUGUUGCUCUCAUGUCUGUUAAUAGAUUUGAAGAUUUUCCAUUGUGCACAGGACUGAUAAAAAGCAAUACAUGUAUAAAACAUUCUACAAAUGAGAUAAGCAGUCUUAAAUCAAAUAGCCAGGAGGUUGUUGUGAUUGAUAGCAAGUUAACUAAUACAAAAACUAAAAACAAGAUAGAUAAUCAUGAACACACAAAACCUGUUAAUGGUGAGCGUAGUAAUAAUAUCAAAAUCAGUGAUGCAAAACAAAAUAGUAUUAAAUCUGAGGUUACAUCACCUAAAUCUGAAAAAAGGGCAAUUGAAAAAUCUAACAAAGGUAUAGCCAGUUUCUUCAAUAAAUCAAAUGGAGUCAAAAAGCCAAAAAGUGAACCUAAUUUACCAAAUGUGGUAAAAAAAGAAAUAGUUGAGAAACCUGUUAUAAAGAAGGAAACCCCUAUAGAAGUGAAGGAAGAGAAAGUGAAGGUUGAUAAGGAAGAACAAACAAAAGGUGAACCAAAACCUAAGGCAAAUGAUAGUAAAGCAAAGAACAAAAAUCUUAACAUCAUCAAGAAAAAUGCUAAGGUGGACAAGAAACGAAAGAGAGUGUUACAAGUUUCUGAUAGUGAAAGUGAUGAUGAUAAAGAUGAUCCUUUUGCUGACAGCCCAGCUGUUAACAUUCAGCAAUUUGAAUCUGAUGAUGAAAUACCCCCGACACCUACAGUCAGUACUGUUAAAAUCACUUCCGGCAUUGUUAAUCCAAAGAAAAAGAGAAAAAUGGUGGACAAAACCUAUGAUGAAGAUGGAUACAUUUUAACUAAAAAGGAAGAAGUAUACGAGAGUUGUUCUGAUAAUGAAAUGGAGGUUGAUGCUAAAGAGAACAAAGUGAAUCAGAUUAAAGUUGAGGUCUCACCAAGUAAGAAAACAAAGAUUGGGAACUCGCCUAGUAAGAAACCAAAUGGCAAGAAGAAAGUAUCCCCAACACAAAAAGGAAAACAAGCAACAUUGAUGAGUUUUUUCAAAAAAGUCUGAAAUAAGAACUAAUGUUAUGCUUCCGGUAAUUUACACGAUUUCAUCAAAAGACUAUCAUGUUUGUGUUUAUUUAUAGAAGUUUCUUAUUUG